AUGUCAAGCAUCGGUCGUAUUGUCAACUCUAUCUUUUCUGGUUCAAAUGAGAACACCCUAGCGCUUGCAGCCGUCAAUUUUGAUUUUUCCUUGGUUACAAUCGAAGCACCAAAAGAGUUCAAGCCACUCGGAUCUGCAAUCGCGAAAACCAGGCGUCAGGAUGCCGAAGAAGGCAAGCCACACCAAACUGCUCGCAGACUAGGGGCACUCUUUGAGGAUGUCCUUCCAUCCUUUCCCAAACUAGUCGAAGCAUUUGGUCAAAGGGUGUCAGAAAUUGUUCUCUGGGCCGCCGCAACCUCCGGAAUCCCUGCAAUUGGUGUAUACCUGCUAUCAUGCUUGUUGGCUCAGGCCUGGGAUUCGAAACAGGCAACCGCUCUGUGGGUCGAGCUUGUGAAGCAACGACAGCAAGAAAUUUUAUCUAAGCUCGCGAACAAUCAUAUUGUCUCGAAAUCCUCCGUAUUCAGCGCAAGGCAGGAAAUCUCACGAGAGGAUCUAGCAAUAUGGGAUAAUAGUGCUCGAUCAUUCAUACGAAGCGCAAAUCAAGCGAAGCAAAGGGAGUCUGAUCAACUCAUGCUGAUUGUUAAAUACCUGCGUUUUCCUAUUACUUCCUCGGGAUCUACCUACGCGAGUGUAUUGUUCGUUUGGAAAGAGGCUCUAGUUAAUGUGGAGGCUCUGCUUUCCGGAACUCCUGUCGAUGCUUCCAGUGGGCUACUUCUCCUUGCAUUUCGGUCUUGGUAUCUCUUUCCAGAUCUGAUCGUGCUGGGAAAGGGACCACCAAAACAUGUACCGUUUCAUGAUAGGCUGUUUCCCGCAGGAGGAAGCUGCACACUUGGCCAGGAGAAAUCGAUGAGCAGCAAACCUGAAGGGAUUCAAUGGUCAUUGACAUUCUCCCAUUUACGGUACUAUGGUGACCCGGUGGUUGUUCAAAGCAACCCAAACUCAUCGAGAGUUACCUUUGAUGAAUUCGUCAUCGCCGUUCUGGGUCACGUAUUCAGAAAAUGGGGCGUCAGCCGGCGUCGUCACAAAGAUGCUGCCCAAUGGAUUGUGGACUUGUGGGACCUGAUCAGCAAGUCAGCCCGGGCAGCAAAUGCAACCCGUCAAUUUGUAUGGCUGAAGGUUCUAGCCAAGGCAGCAGAGAAUAUUCUUGAUUCUGAUCCCGAGAACGCGAUAAAGAACGCAUCGCUCCUUCAUUUCGGAAGGCAAAGGGGGGGAUUUAUUCUCAGUCCACAAAACUGA